AUGGAUCAUUCAAUACAGCGGUUGCUCAACGACAAGCUCUAUGAUAAGAGGAAGCAGGGAGCUCUGGAGCUAGAGAAAAUCGUUCGAGAUGCCGUUUUCAGAGGGGAACAAGAAAAGAUUGCGAAGAUCGUCGAACAGCUUUGCCACGACUAUGCCUACGCUGUGCACCAACCCCAUGCUAGAAACGGAGGUCUGAUUGGAUUGGCGGCUGCCUCGAUCGCGCUGGGAUCGGAAGGAGUUGCGCCGUACUUGAAAGAAAUCGUUCCACCGGUUCUAGCUUGCUUUACGGACCAAGAUGCCCGGGUCCGUUAUUAUGCUUGCGAGAGCAUGUACAACAUUGCCAAGGUGGCCAAGGGAGAGGUUCUGCUCUUCUUCAAUGAGAUAUUCGAUGCUUUGGCCAAGCUUGCUUCUGACUCGGAGCUUUCCGUGAAGAAUGGCGCCGAGCUUCUCGAUCGACUGGUGAAGGACAUUGUAGCCGAAUCCGCAGCCUCGUAUGUUUCCGUGCUACAGCUGUCGGAAAAGGAGACAGCCGAUCCAGACGACGCGCAUGAAACGGAACUCCCCACCGCAUUCUCCCUCGCCAAGUUCAUACCUCUGCUCAAGGAACGAAUCCAUGUGAUCGGGCCAUACACUCGCAACUUCCUCGUGUCCUGGUUGACACUCCUUGAUACUAUUCCUGACCUAGAACUAGUCACCUUUUUACCCGAGUUCCUAGAGGGGCUGAUUAAGUUUCUCGGUGGACCACAUAAGGAUGUCAACGUUGCCACGCAGGGCCUUUUAGACAGGUUCCUGUCGGAGAUCAAGAGAAUCACUCGUUUGAAGAAAGGAAUCGAAGAAAGUCGAAAAGGACAAGGGAGUCGGAGACGCUCCACUGCUAGUGACACCGUGAGCGCCAAGACUGAACAGACACUUGAGACCGCCGGUGCCGAUGAUGGCGAGAAGGAUGACAUUGCUGUCGAGGACUCAGCAUCGGAUUCGCUAUUUGAUGAUGAUGCGAUCCAAGCUGAUGGUGACUGGAUUCCGGGGCAAGACGUUCAUAUCGACUACCCAAAGAUCCUGGAUAUUCUGGUCAGCUUCGUGGACACUUCAUUCGAGGAGGAGAUGCAAUUGACUGCACUUCGCUGGAUUGAUGCAUUCUUUGAAAUUAGCCCCGAGGAUAUUCUCCCGUUCGUGCCGAGACUGUUGACCCAAGUGCUCCCAGCGAUGUCUAGCGGUUCGGAUUCAGUACGGCAAGCAGCGAACCGAGUCAACAAAUCACUGCUUGAAUACAUAUACUCCCUUUCAGAUGACGCCCCUGAGGAAUACGCGCAAACUCCGUCCAAGGUUCCCUCGACUGCACCCAGCAAAGAGAGCAUCGAGAGAAAACCUACAGACAUCUCCAACCCCGAUUCCAGGAGAGCAACACAAGAGUCUUCCAGGGCUCCGACACCGCGGAGUAGUAUCGUCUCAGUGCCAUCGCAGCCAGCUGAUCUCGACUACGCUGCUGCGGUGAACUCGCUUACGCUGCAAUUCUUGAAUGAAAAUGAAGCCACUCGGGUAGCUGCACUCUCGUGGCUGAUCAUGUUACACCGGAAAGCCCCGCGGAAAGUGGUUGCAUUCAAUGACGGGACAUUCCCAGCUCUGUUGAAAACCCUCUCGGACCCUGCAGAAGCGGUUGUGACCAAGGAUCUGCAACUGUUGUCUCAAAUAUCGAGAAAUAGCGAGGAUAACUACUUCACCUCGUUUAUGGUGAAUCUGCUUCAGCUGUUCUCUACUGAUCGACAGCUGCUGGAAGUUCGGGGUAAUUUGAUUAUACGGCAAUUAUGUCUGAAUUUGAGUCCCGAACGUAUUUACCGGACUCUGGCAGAUUGCCUGGAGAAAGAAGAGGAUCUCGAAUUUGCCAGCAUCAUGGUGCAGAAUUUGAACAACAACCUUAUUACUGCACCUGAAUUGUCAGAUAUGAGGAAGCGCUUGAGGAAUCUUGACACGAGGGAGGGACAAAUGUUUUUCGUCGCCCUUUUCCGGUCUUGGUGCCACAAUGCUGUGUCAACCUUUUCUUUGUGUCUUCUCGCUCAGGCUUACGAGCAGGCUUACAACCUCCUGCAAAUAUUUGCCGAGCUUGAAAUGACGGUCAAUAUGCUAAUCCAGAUCGACAAACUGGUGCAGCUGCUAGAAUCUCCCGUGUUUACCUACCUUCGUCUCCAACUCCUCGAACCCGAAAAAUACCCCUACCUGUACAAAUGCCUCUACGGUGUCCUCAUGCUCCUCCCACAGAGCUCCGCCUUUGCCGCCCUUAAAAACCGGCUGAACAGCGUCAGCAACAUCGGUUUCCUCCAUGGUGGUCCCCGCAGCACGUCCCAAACUGCACCGUCCUUUGACCGCUCCUCCGGUACUCGCGGCAAGAGUCGUGACGAUAUUCGAUGGACCGAACUUCUCGAUAAAUUCAAGGCUGUGCAAGAGCGAGCACGCCGCGCGCAGGCUGCGCAGCGCCACUCGCUGGAUCCGACGGACACAUUACAGAACCCUUCGUUGACUGCCGCACUAUCUGCGGCUACUGUGGACCGAACGAGAGAUCGAUCGGGUCUACCUGAUGCCCCGCGUGCGGGCAUGGUAGCUCCAAUCGGCAUUGGUAUUGGCCAGGUGCCUGGAACCGCCAGCAUGGGUGCAAGUGGCAACCGGGGAGCGCUUGACCCUCGAGCCACCAGCUCUACAUCUAUUCUCGGCUCUGCACAUAAACACAAGUCGAGUUUGCCGAAUCUGGGGCGACUGGGGAUUGGAGGACGCAAGUCUAAGAGAUGA